AGUAUGUCCAAUAUAUAUGCCUUAUUGCCUCUGAACCUGCACCAUUGAAAGGUAUAAAGAGGAUCUUCCUCCCUCUACUCCCGUACCUCACUUACGAUCUUAUCAUUCAUCGCCUCUUGAUCUAAAUCACAGCAAACUGGUCACGAUGCAUUUCUCGACUCUCUUCCUUUUCUGCAGCGCCUUUUCUGGUCUAUUGGCGAGCGUGAUUCCGGAGUCACGUUCGGUUUCCGAGAAUCCCCAUCAACUGUCAAAAAGAUUCUGGCCAGAAGCUUAUUGUACGGAUCUGGCGAAAUCGGAAGACCCCAAUUUCGGGAAACCCGACUCCAGCCCUGAUAAACAGGAUGGAGACUAUGAUCCAACUAUCAAGUGGCCUGCAGGACAAUUUGGAGGGCCUUCUAAGGCUGAAUGGGUGCAGCUCGUUAAGGAGGUUAAGCAUAAUUGGGCAAUGUACAAAGCUGGUAAAAUGGAGGAUUGGCGUGGCAGGUGGUGUAGGGCGAAGGAGGCCCUCUGUAUCAUUGUUCAACAUCCUGUGGUUUACCAUGAAGGUCCAGAUCUAAAAUUUGGUUACAUCAACGUCGCCAAACUCAACGUUGAAGGUGAUGAGUUCAGAUUCUACAAAUACUGGGAGGCGGAUGUAACAUUCAGGGCCCCGGACGUGGAUGGUUCGGUACAAACCUACUUCGCUCACGGUUUCUCCUGGGUCUGCGUCGUAGCCCCGUUGAAAAUCACCUUCAUGAACUACGAAACGGAUUUAAGUCUAUUUAAAAAGGGACUUCGUGGGGAUAUAGAACUAGCUAAAACGCUCCAGACUGGUUGCAGAUGCCACUUCCCAGUCACCGAUGACUUCAUCGUCUGGAAGUAAGCUAUCGCAGAGUUGUGCAGGGCGAUUGGUCUGUUUCAUGGCUUCACUGCGAGUUAGAAUGGACUGAACGCUGAAAUGCGUUGUAUCAUGCAUGAAGGACUCGGGAGAUAUGGAGAGUAGCAUUUCCGACGACCGAAAAGGUGAUGGGAGAAAUCAGUUUUGGAAGAGAAGUACCUAGAGUUUAUGUUCAGUUCUCAAAAUUAUAGUCUGACAAUUUAUAAAGCCUCAUAUGUCUAG